AUGUUAGUACAAUUUGUCCGACGUUUCUCAAAGAUGAGUUUGCCCACCAAAAUCAAGCCAUUGCUAUUUCUUUGGUGUCAUCUACUUAUCUGCACAUUCCUUUUCACUUCCCUCCCCCUCGCUAUGGGCACUGCUUCGGAUGAUUAUACAUCCUUGGUUUUCAAAGGGUGUUCAAAACAAAUGUUCCCAAACAAUGUCUACCCGGAAAACCUCAAACCCCUCAUGGACUCGUUGGUCUCAAACUCUUCACUAGAGACUUUCUUGGCAGCCACAGCCACCUCUGGCGAUGGCACUAACGGCAUUAACGGUCUGUACCAGUGCCGCGGAGACCUCUCCCCCGCCGAGUGCAACACCUGCAUAAGACAGAUUCCACCUUUAGUCAGCCAACUCUGUGGAGAAACCAAUGUAGCAGUCCGAGUCCAGCUCCGCGGAUGCUACUUACGUUAUGAGAUUGCUGACUCAAAGCCAUUUGAUGCAACAGAAUUUCUUUUCAAACGUUGUGAAGUUAAUCAAGCAAGGGCUGCUGGGCUUGGGGAGAAAAGGGACACGGCUUUCGGCAUAUUGGAAAACGAUGUCAAGAAUAGUACUGGUGGAGUUGGUGGCUUCUACACCGGUGGCUAUGACACAGUGAAUGUUUCAGGACAAUGCGAAGGUACCUUAGUGAACCAGGAUUGUGUGGCUUGCCUGCAAAGUGCUUCUCAGAAGGCCAAGACCGAGUGUGGCGAUUCCGUCACGGGGCAGAUUUAUCUCUACAAGUGCUCCAUUAGCUACAAGUCUACAAACUCCUCGAAUGCCAAUGCCAAUGGUGUGCCAUAUUCGCGUAAGGUCGGUGCAGGCUCUGGGAAUCAUCCAGCAGAGAUGGUAGUGGCUAUUUUGGCGGGAUGUAUUCUCGGUUUGAUAUUAUUAGGUGCUGUUAUCAUUUACAUUAUAAAAGAGUGCAGAUCAUGAAAAAUGUAAGCAGAUCACACUAGCUAGGAACAUGGAAGCAGUAUGCGAGUCCGAUGUAAACAAGUAGUUUUCGGCAUGAAAAAUAAAUAAACUACGUUGUAUUAGCCUUCUAUAGUGUAUUUUAGGUUCUUAAUUGCUUUUAGUGUUGGGUAUGUAUAAUGGUGAAAGGCUGCAUGCCCAAAUACCCAAUUCAUUUAAACAAGAGAAAUUUGCAAUUGCCCGGAAAUCUUUUGGAUUUUUCAGCUGAAAUGUUAAUGGGUUUAAAGCUGAUGGUAUUGAUGUGCACACAAAUAUCACAAUUGGUUCAAGCUUAAACAAGUCCUACUUUUUUUUUUCUUUCCCUUUUACUGUUUAUUUGGCUGCUGAAGCAAAGACUACUAUACUUGAUGCUGCUCAAAUAAUAAAAAUAAAAAAAUCAAAAGACUUUUUGGUGAUACAAUGAUACUAAAUAACAUGUUUUGAUUUUGGUGGGAUUACAAACUUUGUUCCCGUUUAAGUCACACAUGUACACACACUAAUACAA